GCUCUUCGAACCUCGUAACAUUUUUUUAUUGGCUAAAGUUUUAAAGAAUGAAAUUCUUUUGAAACAUUUGCACGUGACGUUAUUCACCUGACAUUGUAAAAAAUGUCAAAGGAGAUUCCUGACAUUAAAAUUCGUUCCAAAUUGAAGUUGUGAAAACCUGCGAUGAGUAUAAGACGGAGGUUUUACAUUUUGUGCAUUUGUUUCGCUAUUUCUACAGGACUUAGUUUGCUGGUCUAUGGCUACUUCUUCGCUGGUUCGUCUGAUUUAGACAUAAACAUGUCACGAAACAUGAACGAUUACAUAAAUCAGAGACUCCCACCGAUUAUUCGCCCCAAAAAAAUGUGUUCCGAAAAAAAGUUCCUGCUAGUAAUUGUGUCAUCGCGACCCAAAGAUGUGGAUCUUCGCAAAGCUAUCAGAGAAACGUGGGGACAAAAACAUAACAACGUCACGUUUUAUUUCAUUUUUGGCCAGUCUAAGAAAAAGGCAAAAAAGUACCAAGCUAUACUCGAGGAAGAACGAGCCCUUUAUAACGACAUCAUCCAAGAACGCUUCAUCGACUCUUACAACAAUCUAACACUAAAAUCCACCUUUAUGUUGAAAGUCGUCAAUCGCUAUUGCAAAAAUUCGUUCAAAUAUUUGAUGAAAGCCGAUGACGACGUUUUUGUGAACCUCCCGCGCGUUUUGCACAUGCUUUCAAACCGGAAGACGCAUGAGAACGUGAUUUUGGGGAGGCUGAGGCGUGGCUGGCCCAUCAGAGACACCUACAGCAAAUGGUAUGUGCCCUACGAGUGGUACCCUGAACAGGAAUACCCAGCCAAUGUCUGUGGCGCUAGCUACAUAAUGUCGUUCGAUGUGGCCAGAAAACUGUACGAUUGUGCCCUGAGCACGCCUUUGGUGCACAUGGAGGACAUUUUUUUGACUGGAAUUUGCGGCGAAAAAAUGAACGUUUUGCGAGAAAAUAACUACAUGUUCACGUGCAAUAACAGGCACUUCCAUUUCUGCUAUUACAAGAAUUAUUUUACUCUGCACUAUUACAGUGCGAUAGACAUGGUGAAUGCGUGGGAAAUGUUGCACAACCACUUUUGCGAUUAUUAUUUGAAGUUUGAUGUUAGAAAGCCCUGGGCAUUCCUUUUUAAUUUCUUGUUCUAAUUUUGGAGCGUGGUUGUAAUUUUUUAAACAGACUUCAAAUAAAAAAUGCUUAAAUUGUUAA